CUUCUGACUUUUGAGUUUUAGAAGUGUGGCCCGCUGACACAUACCGUCCGCGGUAAUCAGGCUAAUCUACUCGCUACGACAGCUGAGUUUCGUGCGGCCUGGUCUGCAAGCCACACUGCGGGGUUCUUGAUCUCUAGUAGAAACAGCUUUGUAUCUUCACUUUUCUCCAAAAGCUGCGACGGAGUCUUUAUCAUAUCAUGUUUGGUAUGCAACGGGAGGCAAUUCUUCGCAGAAGCCAUUGGCAGCCUGGUCACAAGCUAUUAGCAUAUAUCGAGGCUACCCAGCAUCGAUCUGAACAGGCACUUCCACCAAGUCUGCUCCGCGACUAUCUAGAAGAUGAAAAUGUGUCGGCUUGGCUCAGUGGGCAAGAGCUGUCUGCAGAUAUAGAAGGAACUGCGGUCGAUGUGGAUGCUACGAUACGUCUACUUGUGUCAGAGCAACCAACGUGGCAUCAAACAAUAACGUCCUUUGGUAUGAGCAAAGUCUCUUAUCUGCAAGUUGAAAGGGCUUUUCAGAUCCCAGAAGAGGCCCUUUCAUGUUUCGAAACUACCCGAGGAAGACACACUUGCCAUUUCGACUACGACGCAGAUGGGCGCACUGUGGAAUCUAUAGCCAUCACCGUAUCUUUUGCACCAAUGUUCCAACUGGGUAACUUCAGUCUUGCGCUCAGAUCUUAUUGCAAGACUGGGAGAACGAGAGCCCUUCUACAUGGUUCAAGUGUCAUAGAAGCGAGAAACAAGGUUACGAAUGAGGCGUCUACACCUCAUAUAGACUCCAUACAGUGUUUCAUCUCUCAAGCUGGACAUCUCUUCAAUCACCCUCUCUUAAUUCCAGUAGCCAUGAUGGAAGAACGCAUCCGCCGCAUGAGCUACCAUCAAAGAUUUGACUUGGGUCAACGUUUGCAUCAAAUAGAGGCUACUUUGGGCGUCACAAAGGCUGGCCGGAGGUUGCAUCACAGCAAAGGCCUAGGGCCCGAGGGACUCAUUGAAAGCGACCUUAAGCGAGCAGAGCUUACUGUCAAGUUGAGUACAGCAAUCACUGAUGCCAUUGGAUUUACAAAUACAAUAAAAUGCGACGCUCGUUUUAUACAGUUCCUGCUGGACACCAACUUCCAGCUACUCAGAGAGGGACUGGUAGAUGCAAGGCUACACAGAGACAUGAAGGCGAUUGUGUAUGAUCUGAAAUGCGAAUAUGAAUCAAUAACGGAAUACCAGCAAAGCCUAACAGCCAGAUUACAGCUUCAGUUGAACGUGGUUAGUUUCUAUUUAGUAAAAUCUUUUACGGUCGGCUCACGUGCGUAGAUGUACUCCUUCAUCGCUCAAGCCGAUUCUUCUUUGUCUGUAGCCCAAGCAAAGCUAUCCUCUGACGUAGCAGCGCUCAAUUUCAACGUCGCUGCAGAUGCAGGCCUAGAUGCUGCUGCCAUGAAAGCACUAGCUUUUGUUACCACUUUAUUUCUACCUUCCACUUUUGUGGCUUCCAUGUUUAGCAUGUCCAUGUUCAAUUGGCAAGCGGUCACAUCUUCUGGUACAGGUGAGCAAGUGGCAACGAGAGUUAUUGUUCCCCAGUUUUGGAUAUAUUGGGCGGUCAGCGUCCCCUUGACGGUCGGAGUGCUGGUGGUAUGGCGAUUUUGGUGGUAUAAUCAGAAGAAGAAAUACGCUAAGAAAUACACCCCAACUUGGGGUACAAGUGAUCCAGGGCUAGGAAA